AUAACAGAUAUUGCUUGUAGGCACGUUUUACUUGCACACAUAUAAACAGUUGUCUAUAACUGCUAAGGUGGAUGAACAAUAAUGAACGACAGUGCUAAUCUUCCAAAUCAACUGGAACGUUGGAGACUUUAUCCUCCACUUGGAUUAGGAACAUACAUCGUUAUUUUUCUUGUCAUAGUGUUGACGCUCAUUGUUGGAAAUCUUGGCAACUCUCUGGUGAUAUUUCUCUUCAUCAAGUACAAAAGUUUGCGUACGACCCCAAAUAUUCUGCUGUUGAAUUUAACUGGUGCGAGUCUCCUGAUGUGUGUCCUUUGUCUUCCAAACAUCAUUAUCCGUUGCAUCGUCGAUCUGUCCAAGUACCCACGACCUGUCCAGGAAUUUGUGUGCAAUGGAAAUGCUUUCUCCGGUGCGUUUGUUGGCUUCAGCGGAAUCCAUUCACUAACAGCUUUAGCCAUAGACCGCUCCAUCGUGAUAUCUCGAAAGGCCGCCGGUCGUCGAUCCGAGAGCAAAAGUUUCUCCGUCUGUAGCAUGGUACAAAAGUUUGCGUACGACCCCAAAUAUUCUGCUGUUGAAUUUAACGGGCGCGAGUCUCCUGAUUGUGCAAUGGAAAUGCUUUCUCAGGUGCGUUUGUUGGCUUCAGCGGAAUCCAUUCACUAA